UUCUCAGCGCUGAUGAGGUCAGACAGGCAGAUUCCGGAGUCCAGCUGCGGAACUGCGGAACUGCGGAACAAUUCUGUCCAUAAAUAUGUGGCUCUCCAGCUUUCCGUAAGAUUAUUGUUUCCAUCGCCACAAGCAAAGGUAAUCCAGCCACCUAUGCCCAGUGAAGACUGAGCGGAUUCUUUUGAGAAUGAACAAUGGCUGCUUCCAAGAAUCAACACAGGCAUGGCCGGCUGAUGCUGCUGUGUACCCUACUGGGGACGCUGUGCAAGAUCGGGGUAGGACAGAUUCGCUACUCGGUGCCAGAAGAGACAGACAAAGGCACUGUUGUAGGCAACAUCUCCAAGGACCUGGGGCUGGAGCCCCGCGAGCUGGUGGAGCGCGGGGUCCGCAUCGUCUCCAGAGGUAGGUCGCAGCUUUUCUCCCUUAAUCCGCGGGGCGGCAGCUUGGUCACCGCAGGCAGGAUAGACCGGGAGGAGCUGUGCGCUCAGAGCGCGCCCUGUCUUGUAAAUAUCAACAUCCUAGUUGAGGAGAAAGGAAAACUCUUUGGAGUAGAAAUAGAAAUAACUGAUAUUAACGAUAAUAAUCCGAAGUUCCAUGUUGGAGAUCUGGAGGUGAAAAUUAAUGAAAUCGCUGCCCCUGGAGCACGGUACCCUCUUCCAAAAGCCGUUGAUCCAGAUGUGGGCAUAAACUCUCUUCAAAGUUACCAGCUCAGCCCCAGUCGCCAUUUCUCUCUGGACAUUCAGAGGGGAGACCACGGGGCUAUAAACCCAGAGCUGGUGCUGGAGCACACCUUGGACCGAGAGGAAGAGGCCGCUCACCACCUGAUCCUCACCGCCUACGAUGGCGGUGACCCGCGCCGCUCCAGCACAGCGCUCAUCCAGGUCACAGUGUUGGAUACCAACGACAAUGCCCCUAUUUUUGACCAACCUCUUUACCGCGUGAAAGUCCUUGAGAACGUGGCCCCUGGCACCCUGCUGCUUACAGUGAGAGCUAGCGAUCCGGAUGAGGGUGCCAAUGGGAAGGUGACAUAUAAAUUCCAGAAAAUUAAUGACAAACAAUCGCUGUUAUUCCAUCUUCAUGAAAACACGGGGGAAAUGACAGUAGCGAAAAAUCUGGACUAUGAAGAAUGUUCAUUGUAUGAAAUGGAAAUACAGGCUGAAGAUGUGGGGGCGCUUCUGGGAAGGAGCAAAGUGAUAAUUAUGGUAGAAGAUAUAAAUGACAAUCGGCCGGAAGUGACCAUUACAUCCUUGUUUAACCCGGUAUUGGAAAGUUCUCCUCCCGGAACAGUAAUUGCUUUCUUGAAUGUGCAUGACCCAGACUCUGGAAAGAACGGCCAAGUUGUCUGUUACACACAUGAUAACUUACCUUUUAAACUAGAAAAGUCAAUAGAUAAUUAUUAUAGAUUGGUAACGUGGAAAUACUUGGACCGAGAAAAAGUCUCAGCCUACAAUAUCACAGUGAUAGCUUCGGAUCUAGGAACCCCACCUCUGUCUACUGAAACUUACAUUGCCCUGACUGUGGCAGACACUAAUGACAACCCUCCUCGUUUUCCUCACUCCUCCUACACAGCCUAUCUCCCAGAGAACAACCUGAGAGGAGCCUCCAUCUUCUCAUUGACUGCACACGAUCCUGACAGCCAGGAAAAUGCCCAGGUCACUUACUCUGUGUCUGAGGACACCAUACAGGGAGUGCCUUUGUCCUCUUACAUCUCCAUCAACUCAGACACUGGUGUCCUGUAUGCACUGCAGUCUUUUGACUUUGAGAAGAUACAAGACUUGCAGCUAUUGGUUAUUGCCACUGACAGUGGAAGCCCACCUCUCAGCAGCAACGUGUCUCUGAGCUUGUUUGUGUUAGACCAGAAUGACAAUGCACCUGAGAUUCUAUACCCUAGCUUCCCCACGGACGGUUCCACUGGUGUGGAAUUAGCUCCCCGCUCUGCAGAGCCUGGAUAUCUGGUGACCAAAGUGGUGGCAGUGGACAAAGAUUCGGGACAGAAUGCUUGGCUGUCCUACCGUCUGCUCAAGGCCAGCGAACCUGGGCUCUUCUCUGUAGGACUUCACACGGGUGAGGUGCGCACAGCAAGGGCACUGCUGGACAGAGAUGCUCUCAAGCAGACUCUGGUGAUGACUGUGCAGGACCAUGGCCAACCCCCUCUCUCAGCCACUGUGACUCUCACUGUGGCGGUGGCUAACAGCAUCCCUGAAGUAUUGGCUGACUUGACCAGCAUUAUGACCCCUGGGGUACCAGAGGAUUCAGAUCUCACACUCCACCUGGUGGUGGCAGUGGCUGUGGUCUCCUGUGUCUUCCUUGUCUUUGUCAUUGUCCUCCUAGCUCUCAGACUUCAGCGCUGGCAGAAGUCUCGCCAGCUCCAGGGCUCCAGAGGUAGAUUGGCCCCUGCACCUCCAUCACACUUUGUGGGCAUUGACGGAGUACAAGCUUUUCUACAAACCUAUUCUCAUGAAGUCUCACUCACUUCAGGCUCCCAGACAAGCCACAUUAUCUUCCCUCAGCCCAACUAUGCAGACAUGCUCAUUAACCAAGAAAGCUGUGAGAAAAAUGAUUCCUUAUUAACAUCCAUAGAUCUUCACGAGAGUAAGGAUGAAGAUGCUUGUGCUCUG